AUGCCCUUAUCCCCCCUAGCUACAGUACUAAAGAUACCGAAGGCAGGUCCAUUCCUGCGGUACCAAAUUAGUAAUAUCCACUACACUACUAGAAUGCUGGGUGCAGGAAUGAACAAUAAGGCGUCCACGAAUAGAGUUCAAGAUAAUAUGGAAAAAACGUUGGGAAAGAACUUUACGAAGCAUGCUAAUGAAGAAAAUACUCACGAUCAUAUUCACACCAGUGAAUCAAGAACUGAAAGCAGCAGUUCUUUUAGGUUAGGCUCUAUGGCUACAAGAGUUCCCGUUCACGAAAAGUUGCAUAUGCAUUCGCACAAUCACUCCCAUACCCAUGGCAACCCUUUAUUGGUGAUGAGUAAAGAAGAGUUCAGGAAAAAUCGUGGUGUUAGAAUCACUUGGAUCGGGUUGCUUUCUAACAUUGGUUUAGCAGCUGGAAAGUUUGUCGGAGGCAUAGUGUUUCAUUCUCAGGCCUUGCUUGCUGAUGCUGUGCAUGCUUUGAGUGACCUAGUAUCUGAUUUAAUGACUUUAUAUGCGGUAUCUUUUGCAAAUAAGAAGCCUUCUAAUGAUUAUCCAUACGGCCACGGCAAGAUUGAAACUCUUGGCUCACUUGCCGUGUCAUCAAUCUUAACAAUGGCAGGUCUGUCGAUUGGAUGGAGUUCUUUAUGUGCGUUGGUGGGACCAUUUGUUCCGCAUGCAAUCCUUGAAAUUAUCUCAGCCCAUGGCCAUUCACACUCGCACCACAAUGCAGACUUGACGAACAUUAAUGCGGCAUGGAUUGCCUUGGGUUCUAUUAUUCUUAAAGAAUGGAUUUUUCGUGCUACCAAGAAAGUUGCGAUAGAGACGGAUUCCAACGUGCUUAUGGCGAACGCUUGGCACCAUAGAAUAGACUCUCUAACAUCACUUGUUGCGCUUGUGACUAUCUCCUCAGGCUACUUUUUGAACGUGACGUCAUUAGAUGCCUUUGGUGGUCUACUAGUGUCCGCACUAGUUGUGAACACUGGCUUUCGUGGAAUAACGCAGGCUGCUAACGAACUGAUUGAUCGCUCCCUGCCUGAAACAGAGCCCCGAUACCUUGAAGUCAAAGAGGUAACAUCUGAGACUCUUAAGAACAUGCGUUCCAACAACAACUCGGGGAAACCUUACGUUUUGAAGAACUUGGUAGUGAUGGUAUCCGGACCAAAUGCCUAUGCCAAUAUGCUCAUCGAGGUUCCGCUACAAAGGUGGGAUAAUGUCUUGACACUCGAAGAGUUCGAACUCGUCACAGAUCACAUCCGUGCCGUCCUUUACAAGAACUUGCCUUACCUGAAAACGGUAAAUAUAGAGUUCACAGGGGAAAGACCUGAGCUUCAAGGCCAAGAAGCUGAAGAAGUCGCCCGCCAAAGAGAACAAUACUCAAUAAAUGUACCGGAAACAAAAUUGAGACAGCGCUCCAAAUCCCACUCACACUCUCACUGGCCUUUCUCUGGGGACCAUUCUCACUAA